CCAUCGGGUGUCGUCUGUGAAUAGAGAUGCAGUGCACACUAGUAAGUGUGAACGGAGCUCGGGUUGAACUGGCAGAUGGUCGAGCUUUAAUGUUAGGUCGAGGCCCUGAAACCAAAAUCACAGACAAGAAGUGCUCAAGGCAUCAAGUCAAACUUGUGGCCAACUAUACCAAACAGGAAGUUCUGGUUACACAGCUCGGGCCCAACCCUUGUUCCCUGGACGGUCAGUGUUUGGGACGUGGCGAGUCUGGAUGUUUGACAGCUGGCUGCACACUGUAUCUGGUCAAUCAGUCCCACCCAUUUACAGUCGAAUUUGUUGGAAAGCCAAAUGAAAAGUCCUCCUCUCCUCAGAAGAAAGGAAAAGCAGCAAAUGAAAGCAGAGACAGACAGAAAAGCUCAAAUGAUGGGUCCGGCCCCAAGAGGAGCAUCCACGAUUAUUUUUCUAAAUCCCCUAAAAAGGCGACAAAACGCCCUCACAGCCCAGAGGAUGAUGUCCCUCCCACGAAACGAGGCUGUGGUGGUGAUGAAGAUGAUGAAGAUGAUGAGGCCUCAGCUGAAGAAAAGCUUAAGCAGUUCCAAGCACAUGCACAGAAAGAGUGUGAGAAGCUGGAGUCACCAUCAGUCAAAGCCACUGCUCCAUCUUCCUCUUGUUCUCAAAGUCACUGGCAACAGAUCGGCAGCCUUCUGCUCUUCACUGCCGCAGGGGCUCCAGAUAGCUCCAAAAUUGCAGGGUUUGACAUUGAUGGCUGCAUCAUCACUACGAAGUCUGGAAAAGUAUUUCCCACAAGUCCAGAUGACUGGAGGAUUCUGUUCCCAGAGAUUCAGCCCAGACUGGCCAGUCUUUUGAAGAAAGGAUACAAGGUGGUGUUUUUCACCAAUCAGAUGGGUAUUUCUAGAGGCAAGCUCAGACCGGAGGUGUUCAAGUCAAAGGUUGAGGAUAUUCUACAGACGCUGCAGUUGCCCAUCCAGGUAUUUGCUUCCACAGCCCCUGGUAUAUACAGGAAGCCUGUUAUUGGGAUGUGGGAACAUCUGUGUGAGAAGGCGAAUGGAGGAGUGGCUGUAGAUGUGUCACAGAGCUUCUAUGUAGGAGAUGCAGCAGGACGUCCCGCUAACUGGGCACCAGGAAAAAAGAAGAAAGACUUCUCCUGCAGUGACAGACUGUUUGCCAUCAACAUUGGUCUUCAGUUUCACACACCAGAGGAAUACUUCUUGGGCUGGAAACCCGCUCAGUUCAGCUUGCCAGAAUUUGAUCCUAGGAAAUUGGAUUCUGAAAGACAUCUUUACGAUCCUCCAGAUGCCUCCCUCACAUCCACCAAGCAAGAAGUCAUUGUAGCAGUGGGAUUUCCUGGAUCUGGCAAAUCAACGUUCUUCCAGACACACAUCGUUCCGCAGGGCUACGUGUAUGUGAACAGGGACACACUUGGCUCCUGGCAGCAGUGUGUUUCAGCUUGUGAACGCGCUCUAAAGGAAGGCCAAAGCGUUGCAGUGGACAACACUAACCCUGACCCUGAGUCUAGAAAAAGAUAUGUAGAUGUCAGUCAAAGUGCUGGAGUUCCCUGCAGGUGUUUCAACUUCACAGCGAGUCUGGAACAAGCAAAGCAUAACAACAGGUUUCGUGAGAUGAUUCCUUCGGCCAUCAAGCAUGUUCAUGUCAAUGACAUGGUGAUGCACAGCUACAAGAAAAAGUUUGUGGCACCCAGUUUGUCUGAGGGCUUCUCUGAAAUCCUGCAGAUUAAUUUUGUGCCGAGUUUCAGGGAAAAAAGAUCAGAGUUCCUCUUCAUGCAGUUCUCCGAGGGCUAAGCGUGAAGUUGAGCAAAACCCAAUUGACAAUUAGUUGAAUCUUUUUUACCUAGCAAUAAGAGGAAAUCAGAAGAAUUCUAGAACAAUUGACAAUACAACAAUUACACAAGUUACACAACUAAUUGUAUUGUGUGUUAUACUGUCUCUUUCAGUUAAGUUUACACCUGUCUUUAAGUGACUUUAAAAAAUUUUAGCAGUUAUGAAGUCUCCCCAAAAGCAAAUUUAAAAAAGUAAAUUAAAGACAGGUGUUAUGAAGACUGACUUAUUAAACAUUUCAUAAAUUGAGGAAACGAUUUUGAUUUUAUGAUCGCUUGUAUUGCUUGUAGAUUGUGUCAGACUGAAUAAAUACAAUUACAAUGUCAA